AUGUCAACCAACGAGAAGGACGUCAUCCCUGUCCACGAUGUACGCACCCCGGAGCAUUCACUGACGGACAGCAACACGCUUGAGCUUCCCAACUCUUGGAAGUACAAGCGCUUGAGCCUCGCCGGCUUCAAGUUGCCAUGGUUCGCCUCGCCACCAGUUCAGCUGGUCAUUGUUGGCUUCGUGUGCUUCCUAUGCCCGGGCAUGUUCAAUGCCCUCAACGGCAUGGGCGGUGGCGGCCAGCUUGACCCAACCGCAAACAAUCGCGCAAACACGGCCUUGUACUCGACCUUUGCUGUGGUUGGAUUCUUCGCUGGAACUUUCACCAAUAAGCUCGGCGUCCGCACUGCUUUGUCCUUUGGUGGAAUCGGCUACUCCGUCUAUGUGGCCUCCUACCUCUGUUACAACCACACGCAGAAUCUAGGCUUCACCACCUUUGCAGGUGCGCUGCUCGGUGUGUGCGCUGGCCUGCUCUGGUGCGCACAGGGAGCCAUCAUGAUGUCUUAUCCUCCUGAGGCGUCCAAGGGGCGCUACAUUUCGUGGUUCUGGAUGAUCUUCAAUUUGGGUGCCGUGAUUGGCAGCUUGAUUCCCCUUGGUCAGAACAUCCACACCACAACAGCCGCAACUGUCACAGAUGGCACCUAUGUCGGCUUUCUCAUCCUCACCCUCAUCGGUGCGGCUCUCGCUUGGACUCUCGUUGAUGCCAAGGACGUUGUCCGCGCGGAUGGAUCCAAAGUUAUCGUCAUGAAGCAUCCUUCGUGGAAGUCAGAGAUUGUUGGCCUGUGGCAGACCUUCUUUACGGAUCCCUAUAUCAUCCUCCUAUUCCCCAUGUUCCUCGCCUCUAACUGGUUUUACAACUACCACUUUACCGAAAUCAAUGCCGCGUAUUUCAACACUCGCACACGAGCGCUCAACGGCGUAGUCUACUACAUCAUGCAAAUCAUUGGCGCUUACAUCUUUGGCUUUGCUCUCGACAUCAAGGGUAUUCGCCGAACGACUCGUGCCAAGGCCGCUUGGGGCGCAUUGUUCGCUACCAUUAUGAUCGUCUGGGGUUGUGGUUACAAGUUCCAAACGACGUACGACCGCGCUUGGGCCUCGGACAAAGCCACAGUGAAGAAAGAUUGGUCGGACGCUGGCUACGCCGGUCCUUUCGUGCUCUACAUGUUCUACGGCUUCUCCGAUGCCGCUUGGCAGACGUGCGUCUACUGGUUCAUGGGCGCCUUGACCAACAACGGCCGCAAACUUGCCAACUUUGCUGGUUUCUACAAGGGCAUCCAGUCCGCCGGUGGUGCCAUCACCUGGCGUCUGGACGACUUGAAGAUUCCGUACAUGCAUAUGUUCGCAUCCAACUGGGGUCUGCUCGCUGGCAGUUUGCUUGUCGCCCUUCCCGUCAUUCUCUGGAAGGUUGAAGAUACCGUCUCUCUGGAGAAGGAUAUUGAGUUCACAGACGAGACCAUCGCAGAGGUCGCCCCGAAGGCCCAUGUCCUCAGUGCGCAUAGCGACGCCGAGAAGGUGUGA